UUGGUGUUGUACGAACCGAAUGGAAGGAUGUUUCAUCCGGCGUUCUGACUGCCUAUGGAUAUAUUCGACCGUUGCAACAACGGUGGCGGCGGCGGAAACACGGUAACCGGAAGCGGCGGCGGUGCUUCGGUGAGGACAUCGAGCAACGAGUCUGGCAGUGGAACAUCUAGCGGUGGAAGCGAGAGUAGCGGAGGAGGAGGAUCUUCUUCCAGGAUGCAGUUGACAGGAGCUUCGGCUCCUGGGGCGGCUGCCUCACCGGAGUCCGGCGUCUCGCCAUUGACGGACGCCUAUACCAAAAUGACCAGCGAUAUUCUUGCCGAGAGAACGCUUGGUGAUUUUGUUAGCGAGCAUCCUGGCGAACUCGUCAGGACAGGCUCACCACAUUUGGUCUGUACGGUUUUACCAGCCCACUGGAGAUCGAACAAGACGUUACCGGUGGCAUUUAAAGUGGUAGCUUUGGGAGAAGUUGGCGACGGUACUUUAGUGACAGUUCGUGCUGGUAACGAUGAAAAUUGUUGCGCCGAAUUAAGGAAUUCUACGGCAUUGAUGAAAAAUCAAGUAGCUAAAUUCAACGAUCUAAGGUUCGUCGGUAGAAGUGGCAGAGGAAAAAGUUUUACAUUGACGAUAACGGUAUCAACAACGCCACCUCAAGUGGCAACUUACACGAAGGCUAUCAAAGUAACCGUAGACGGCCCACGCGAGCCGCGAUCCAAGACCAUCGAAGAAUCCAUCCAAUGGUCAUGGCUUAAUAAGUGGUCUUCGGAGAACUAUUACAAUUUCGAAGGGCAGCAACAACAGUUUCACGCAUUCGCCUUUGCCUCUCAACGUGGUGCACCGUUUUUCGCAUCCCCAUUGGUGGAUCCUCUGCAGUCUCUACCGAAUCCUCUACAGCCGUUGCCGAACCCGUUACAACCACGGGAUCCUCUGUCGUCUUUCAGGCACGCGAUGCCUGGUAAUUGUCAGAACAUGUCUCAAUUCGGUUUGACGGCAAGCAACUCUUGGGGAUACGGAAGUACAGCAGGAUAUGCUGGCUACCUUCCCGGUCCUCUUUCGUCUUGUGCGGCCCAAGCGUCUUUUCCACCCCCACCCCCUCCUCCUCCUCCACCACCACCACCAACGUCUUCUUUGGCAUCAUUCGCUGGUACCGCAGCUAUGACCACCCCGACGGCUCCUGAUUCGACAGCGGGCUCAACCGUAACUUCUGGUACCACUGGUACUACACCUCAACAGGACGCUUUCACCGGAGUAUCCUCGCUAGUGCCGGACACAACAACGCCUGGUCAAUCCGAUCCAUUGGAUCCACUGAGCACGCUCAUGUCCGGUACGACAAGUCAAAGGUACCAGGACUACGUUUCACCGAGGUCCUUGUCAACGGACUCUAGCACCACGGAAAGUCCCGUUCAAGAGGAGCAAGGGUUCGGCCAAAACUACGGCAAUUACUUUCCAACGCCAGGUGUUUUGCCGAGUAUACUUUACUCACAGCUUUAUGGAAAUCAAUUCCAAAACUCGGAGAGUCCUGAACAAAGAGCCGUCACCGAGAGUUGUAGUGUUAGACAGGAAGAAGUCAGACCGGAUAACAACGUCUGGAGACCUUAUUGAGAGAUAAACAUGGCGUCGGGUCGUCAUUCCCGAUCGUCGUUGACUGUUCGGACGUUUUAAAACAGACUGUGAUAGGUAUUCAAUUUUUUGGAUUAAAACAACGAGAAUCGUUAGCGAUGAAGCCGGUUGUUGUUAUUUUUUCAUUAACACGAGCUGACCGAAACAACGACUCUCCCAAUUAGGUCCAACACAUAAAUAAUAUUAUACAUAUAUUAUGUAUAUAUAGUAUAUAUUAUUUAUU